AUGAAGGGCAUUUCAUUUUCAUCGGCUAUCAACCUUGUGACCUCAUCGGUCUCAGGCGACUAUGAACCUGCCUCACAACUUUUGAAGUUUAUGUGGAGUAAAAUUGGAAAUGCCUGGUCGGAUGGUGAGAAGACGCGUAUUCGUCAAAGCAUUCAAAACAUGAUGGCUGUGGCAUUGGACCGCGGACUAACAGAACCGGCUGGAAUUUCAAUCUUGGAAAAGCUAAUGCGCAAACCACGAAUCCAGCGCUUUGACUCGUUGGUGCUGGAUGAAUCGACAGCUGUGCCAGUACACGCGCAGACUCACACCCGACGCCGCGAUCGAGACAGUGAUACGGAUAGUACAGGGUCUGUAGAAAUCAAUCCUGUGCGAUUGAGCAAGGCUCGUGUCGUCCGCGUACACCGCGCUAUUUAUGAUUACAUGCAGGACAUGAUCAAGGAAGGACUACUCGUUACUGUUUUGAAGUAUGUCGAGCAGGGCGUGCCUGUGCACGUUACUGGCUACAGCAUGGGAGGAAUGCUUGGUCAGAUUAUGAUGUUGUAUUUGGGUGAUCAUGCGCGUAUGAAUGGUUGGGACGCAAGCAAGAUUAAUUUCGUGGGCUUUGGCUCUCCUCGCGUGGGAGACAUUGGUUUUGCCGCUCGGCUGCGCGUACUCUUCGACCCGCAGCAGUUACUGAUUGUUAUGCACCCGUCAGAUGUAGUGCAUGCCUUCCCUCCCACGGCUGAGGGAUAUGUGGACGCCUGUAUUAAGAUCUUCCUUCGCGAGCAUGGAAUGGGUGUUGGCCGACGUACACCUGGUCAUUUUUCACUUCUACCUAUUACAAAAUCUAUUGACCGUGCUUUCGAACAUGCGCAAAAAGCCCACGAGCACGGUAAGGCAAACAAACCUGCGUGCUCGUUUUGUAAAAGCAAGGCGCACGUUGCAGCACAGCACCGGUGUCGGUAUUGUAUCGAGCGUGGAUCGCACCGUGGUGCUGACUGCCCGAACCGCAGCAAACCGUGCCGGUUGUGUGGCAAUGCUAAUCAUUGCACGGGCGGACACAAGUGUCGCGUUUGUCAGCAUUACGGUCACCGCGGACGUGAAUGUCAUGCCCAGCGCGAUGUGGGUUUUGCCGAGUUGCUUACCUAUUUCCGUUAUCAUCACUUCCUGUACUACAAUGCAAAUCUCAAGAAGUCUGUCGAGUUUUCGUCGUAA